AUGGCACAAGCACCUGGUAGGACUGCCCGCAUUAUAUGUGGCAAAGAAAAAGUCACAUUUUUAUGUGGAGGAUGUACACAAGAAUUUUGUUUUAAUCAUUUGGCUGAUCACAAGCAAGAGCUAAGUAAACAAUUCGAUGAAGUUGAAGUUAAUCAUGACUUCUUUCGACAAAUACUUACGGAGCAAACAUCUAAGCCACAACAGCAUCCAUUAAUUCAACAAAUUGAUACAUGGGAAUAUGAUUCAAUUAAUAAAAUUCAACAAAAAGCGGAAAAAGCAAGGCAACUAGUACUUACUCACAUUAUUGAUUCCAUUAGACAAAUAGAAAAUAAGUUAAAUCAAUUAACUGAUAAAAUACGACAAAGUCGUGCAGAAAAUGAUUUUUUUGAAACAGAUUUACAUGGAUGGAAUGAUGAUUUAAUUCAAUUGAAAAAAAAACUUACUAAACCAUCAAAUAUCAAUGCUCGACAUGAUACUACACAACUUGUUACUACGCUUUCAAUUGAUGUUACAUCUUAUAAGCCUGUGAGACGAUGGAAACCUGAAGACACUAAUGGAAUAAUAGUAGCUGGUGGUAGUGGAGAAGGUGAUCGUCUUGAUCAACUUAGUGGCCGUUUUCAUAUUUUUGUCUAUAAUGAUCAGUCAAUAUAUGUGUCGGAUGAACACAAUCAUCGUGUGAUGAAAUGGAUGAAAGAUGCAAAAGAAGGUAUUGUUGUCGCUGGUGGUAACGGUCCAGGAAAUAGUCUAACCCAAUUGUGGGCUUCUAUAGGAGUGGCCGUUGAUCAGUUGGACACUAUCUAUAUUGCUGACUCAAAUAAUCAUCGAAUAAUCCGUUGGCCUCAAGAAGUUAAACAGGGUAGUAUUGUUGUUGAUGAAAAUGGUAAAGAAGAACAAGCAAAUCAACUCUCCAGUCCUUUAGAUUUAACGUUCGAUCAACAGGGAAAUUUAUAUGUUGUCGACAAUGGAAAUUAUCGAGUACAACGAUUCAAUAUAGAUAUAAGCUGA